AAACGCGAUAUUCAUUACCCGAACAAAUUAAAUUUGACCUUAUUAGUUUCUAUUUUAAUCGGUACCCAAAACAUCAAAACCCGAUAAGUUUAUAUCACUCCGAGCUUUGGUACGGUUAAGUUGACAUUGACUGCAGCAGUGAACUUGAUUUUGAAAAUGGUAAAAGAUAAUGCUAGUUUCGAAAUAAGCGGUCCGCAGCCUCACGAAGCUCUCAAAAAUGAGACUUUGGGGCAAGCUUUUUUGAGAGUUUUGUUGGAAAAUCCGUAUGGACACAAAAUUAUGAUUGAUUCGCACACCGGUAGAGAUCUCACAAGCCAAAAGCUACUGGAGGAGUCAUGUCAACUUGCCGAAGCAUUGAGAGUCUAUGGUUGUACCUCAAACACAGCUAUCUGUAUAGGAAGCGAGAAUAAUCUCGAGUUCUUUGUACCCAUCAUGGCUUCUAUUUUUGCAGGCACAAUCAUGGCACCACUUAAUGUAAACUACACAGACCAAGAACUGAAGCACACGUUAAACAUAACCAAACCAAUAUUGGCUUUCUGUUCAAAACGUGUAACACAAAGGUACUUAACGCUGCAACGGGAGAUGAAAUUUAUCGAGAAAAUUAUCGUUAUAGACAGUGAAGAAGAAAUCGAAGGAACUGAAACUAUGAAAUCAUUUAUAAAUCGACUUCUUCAAGGAAGGAUAGUCUCUCCCCAAAAGUUUAUUCCAUUCGAUGGUGACCCAAAGGAAAACGUAGCCUUUGUGUUAUGUUCUUCUGGUACUACUGGCCUUCCUAAAGGAGUAAUGUUAACACACUUUAAUGUAGUUACACGAUUAUUACAGUCUAGGUAUCCAGAUUAUUUAUCACAUCAUUCCAUAGUGCUCGGACUAAUGCCCUUCUUUCACUCAUACGGAUUAUUUUUCGGCCUCACGUCAUUCUUUAACAGACAUCUCACAAUUAUGAUGGACAAAUUUGAGGAAGACUCGUUUCUGAAAGCACUUCAGGACUACAAAGUAUCAGUUGUAAGGCUGGCUCCACCCUUAGCGAUUUUCUUGGCAAAAAGUCCCAAAGUAAGCAAAUACGACUUAUCCUCUGUCGCAGAAAUAUUCUCAGCGGGAGCUCCUUUGAGUGGAAAGACAGAAGUUAAACUUAAACAGAGGUUAAACCUUAAAGCAAUUCAUCAAGCUUAUGGAUGCACUGAAGGAACCUUAGCACUAACGAUCAUGAACAAGGACAUCUAUAGGCCGGGAUCCUGUGGAAAAGUGAUCACAUACAUGAAAUGCAUCGUUAGAGAUCCCGAAACAGGUAAAUGGCUGGGUCCCCAUGAGGUAGGAGAACUUUGCUAUAAAGGACCGACAGUCAUGAAAGGUUACUACAGAAAUCCCGAGGCCACCAGAAACUCUUUCACGGAGGAUGGUUGGCUAAGAACCGGUGAUCUUGGGUAUUAUGAUGAGGAAGAGUAUUUUUAUGUGGUAGACAGAUUGAAGGAGUUAAUAAAAUAUAAUGGAUAUCAGGUAGCUCCAGCAGAAUUGGAAGCUAUCCUAGUUAAUCAUCCGAAAGUAUUUGAAGCUGGUGUGGUAGGUCUUCCAGACGAAAGAGCUGGUGAAUUACCACUAGCAUUUGUUGUAAAGAAAGAAGGUCAAAUUGUAUCAGAAAAAGAACUUCAAGACUAUGUAGCAGAAAAAGUGUCAGCGCAGAAAAAACUAAGAGGAGGAAUUAUUUUUGUACCGUCCAUACCCAAAAAUCCUAGUGGCAAAAUUUUAAGAAAAGAGUUGAAGACAUUAGUAAAGAACUAUCGAAGUAGAGUUCCGUCUAAGUUGUAAAAAUUAUAUUAGCAUUAACUUUGGCCCAAUCUUAUGUUCCUCUCCAGCGAUAUAUACGUAUGAUAUUUUGUCUAGUUUUAAUUUUGUUACACUGUAACUAAAAUUUAUUUAUAUUUUGUGGAGUGGCAAAUGAAUGUGUAAAUUGUAUGCAAAAAUAUUAACUUAUUGAAAUAAAACAUGAAUAUUGUUAAAUAAGUGUGAAUGUAUAAAUAAUACAAUAAAAGUAACUUAUUUUAGUUAAAGUGUGUAACAAGUGAUUUUCAGGAUAAUAUAUAACCUUUUAUUUUUUCUGUAUUACCGGUUUAAUAUAAACAAACGAAGGGAUAAUCACGUUAUAUCCUAAAAGUGCAAUCUCUUUACCACGUAAUUUGAAAAUCGAGAAAUAAAGAAAAUACAUAUUAGUCGUAGUAACUAAGCAAAUAUUCUUGUUUAAUAAAAUAAAAAAUAUGAAUAAAUUCAGUUAACGAGAUUCAAAAAGAAAGAGAUUACACCUUGUGCUCAAUGAUAUUUUUUUAACAGGUUUUAAUAUGAAGCACCAGAUUAAAACCCAUAAGAAAUAGAACAUCUUUAUAGAUAAUUUGAAAACCAUUUUCCCUUUUUAGUUAUUGGUUAUUUAAAUAUUUUUAAACGAUAUAAUUGUAAAUGAUCUUUACGCUGUAAAUCUUAAAUUGUAAUAUAUUUAAAACUACUUAAUAAAAUAUUUAAAAUUAA